AUGUAUCUUCGUAGAUUUGAUCACCAAACUUUAAUAGCUCAGGCUGUUCUACUUCUGACAGGAUUUACGUUGGCGAAAAACCCAGAAUAUCCCUGUCCGGAUGCUAUUGCUAUACAAUGGGUCCGCGAUCCCCGAGAUUGUACCAAAUACUUCAUCUGUCAUUUCGGAAAGCCGCUAACGAUGCCUGGUUGUCCUCUAGGACAGGUAUGGGGUAACAUGGCGAGGAACUGUGUACCAGAAGGUUCUAGAUGGGAUGACUGUACAUUCACUAAAGAAAAACCACCAUCACCAGGAUGGGUUCCUAAGGCAAAACAUCCAAAUUCUAUAGAUGGUACAUUUUUAGCUGCACCCAUCUUUACCAAGACCACAAGAACAGAAACCAUACCAACAACUAUAGCAACCGACCUAAAAUACCAAAAAACGGUUAUUAUUCCAAAAUCAACUAAACGUAACCAGACCAAUAAUCGACUUUCAAAAUCACCGUUUGUCAGAUUUACAACGACCACAAUGGUUAACUUAAAGGUGAAAUUAACCGGUUUACCAGAAAAAGUACGCGAUGAGAAACCGGUUUAUCAGAUUACAACACGGAUGAAGAACAUAAAUCCUUAUCAUACGACACAACGGACUGUUGAAAUACCUGGUGAUGACUUGGCUACAAUACCAGAUACUACAACAUCCAAAAGCAUCCAAAUAAAUCAUCAAGUAUCAGAUGAAAAGAAAUUAUUUGAAAAAGGAAGCCCAUGCUAUGGUCUUGAAGACAGAUUGUUACCUCACACGUAUAACUGUCAUUGGUAUUACAACUGUAGUUUAUCUAAUACAGAAGAACCAAUCUAUGGGGAGCCAUAUGUCAGAGAAUGUCGAUAUCCCCAAUUAUUUGAUAUAGAAACCAGCAUGUGUAGAGAAUUUAUCAAUGUUAGAUGUGGUGACAGAUUUGAAGCUGUUGACAGAUGUGAAUAUGAUAUUAAUCAAUGCAGAACCUCAGAUUGUGUCCCGUGUGAAUUCGUCCACGGAACUUGUCGAGGAAAGGAAAAUGGUAUAUAUCCACUACAUAGCGAUAGAUGGUCACCAACAUUUGUAACGUGUUACAGUCAGAGAAGUAUAGCUCAAGAUGAUUGUCAGGAUCCAAACCCGAUAUUCUCUACCGAUGUUUAUGAUUGCGUUUCGAUAUAUGAGGUACCAAAACCAUAUGGUGGAUUGAGACCAGAGUGUUCAUAUCGCCCUGAUGGUUUCUACCCAGAUGAGCAGAGUCGUUGUGGUAUGUUCUUUGAAUGUAAAAACAGAGAAUUCCUUAGUUAUGACAAGUGUCCUUCCGGUUUAGUAUUUGAUCCUUUAACAUUAAAAUGCGAAUCAACAGAACUUUCUAUAGCACCAUGUGGAUCUGGUAUAAAACCUAUAUGCAUUGAUCGUAUGGAUGGCUAUCACGCUGACCCUUAUGGGCGAUGCAGUUUUUAUUUUGAAUGCAGAAAGCGCAAAUUCAUUAAAUACCACACAUGCGAUUACGGCUCAUUUGACCCGGUUACAUCUGAAUGUGUUCUGGCAACCGAACUUCUUCCAAGGCCUUGUGGACUUUUAACAAAUCCAUGUGAAGGAAAAGACUCAGGAUUUUACACAGACUCUACAGAUGGUUGUAGAAAAUACUUUGAGUGUGGACGAGGAGUCCUAAUUCGAAAUGACACUUGUCCACAUGGUUCAGUUUUCAAUGAAAAGAUCGGACGUUGUGAUAAAAAGGAAAACGUACCAGCGCCUUGUGGAGAAGCACCGACGUGUCACCAUAAAACUGAUGGAAAGUAUGCAGCGAUAUCGAAAGGCUGUAGUUUUUAUUAUGAAUGCAGGAAAAAUGAGUUCCUUGGAUUCAAACAGUGUUCAUUUUCAGAUGGUGGAUUCUUUUUCAACAAUAUAACGAACACUUGUGAUUAUCCACAAAAUAUUUGUCCACCAUGUGGGUACCGUUGGUGGGGCUGGUAA